AUGUUUCGCCAGCUUCUUAUUUUGGCCCUAGUCGGCUUCAUCAUGCCGUUCUCCUGGGCAUGGCCCAUCUCCAGCUGUGGAGGCUCGAGAAGCUCUUCCGCAUCUGCAUCGACCCCUACGCCUUCUCCUCCGGGCUCAAGUCUGGGCCCGGCUCCCACUCCGGUGGCCGGACAUACUGACCGGUUGGUGUUUGCUCAUUUCAUGAUGGGCAUCACCAGCAACCGCCAGAACGCAAGCGACUACGACGGUGAUAUGCAACGCGCCAAAGCCGCAGGCAUUGACGCCUUUGCGCUGAACAUUGGCAUGGACUCUUUCACCGACACCCAGUUGGACCUGGCCUACGAAUCUGCCGCGCACAAUGAUAUGAAAGUGUUCAUCUCAUUCGAUUUCAACUGGUGGAGUACCAGCGACGCCGCCGGCGUCGGAGCCAAGACCAAGCAGUUUGCGGAUCAUCCUGCUCAACUCAAAGUCGACGGCAAGGUCUUUGUCUCGUCCUUUGCGGGUGAUGGUCUGAAUGUUGCUGCCCUCCGCGCGGCCGUUGGGCAAGAGAUCUUCUUUGCUCCCAAUUUCCAGCCCAGCAAGAGCAACUUUGACGACCUCGACGCUGCGUUGAACUGGAUGGCGUGGCCCAGCAACGGCGAGAACAAGGCCCCCACCGUCAACCGUCAUGUCUCGGUGGUGCAGGGCGAUGAAGCGUACACUGAUGCGUUGAAGGGCAAACCCUACAUUGCGCCCAUCUCGCCCUGGUUCUCCACCCACUUUGGCGCCGAGGUUUCCUACAGCAAGAACUGGGUCUUCCCCUCCGAUCUACUGUGGUACAACCGCUGGCAGGAGAUCCUGGCCAAGGGUCCUCGGUUUGUCGAAAUUAUCACCUGGAAUGACUACGGCGAGUCACACUAUGUCGGCCCGCUGUCCUCGCCGCAUACUGACGACGGAGCAUCCAAGUGGGUGAUGGAUAUGCCUCACGGUGGUUGGCUUGACAUGGCCAAGCCCUUUAUCGCGGCUUACAAGGCUGGUGCCACCCACGCCGAGCCGUACGUCGAGGAGGAGAGACUGGUGUACUGGUACCGCCCAACCAAGGAGGGUGUCAACUGCGACGCCACCGACAACACCAUGGAGGGCACCCCCAACAACAGCAGCGGGAACUUUUUCGCAGGUCGCCCGAACGGCUUCCACACGAUGACGGAUGAAGUGUUUGUGGUUGCCAUGUUGAAAUCCCCCGCCCAGGUGAUGGUCAACUCGGGCGGUCAGACCACGACUUAUGAUGCGCCCGCCGGCAUCACGGCAUACAAAGCGCCCAUGGGAACCGGUCAGCAGCAAUUUGCCGUGGCUCGCAACGGGCAGAAUUUCCUGUCUGGGACCAGUGCGCGGGACAUUGGGGAUACCUGCAAUUGCGGGAUCUACAACUUCAACGCGUAUGUGGGGACCCUUCCAGCGCCCGCCGUGAUGGACCAGCUCCAGCCGACGGGGCAAGCGAUGUUGACCAAGGGCUUGAGGAUGGUGUGUCCGACCACAUCGCAAACGCACAUCGUCACUCCAUCGCCCACUGCGGCGUGA